AAAGGUAUGCGCAUUGGGCACCGUAGGGGCACUCUGAUUUUUGUCGCGCAACAUUAUUUCUCCUUCACAUCUCUGCAGCCGAGACUCCAUCGAUUCGGCUCUCAUUUCCCUCUCAAAACCCUAGUUUUCUCCAUGGCCGAAGCUGUAGACAAUCCCUCGUCCUUCUCCGGCGAGUCUGAUGAGGACUUCAAGUAUGGCUUCCAGCGAGAGGAAAUGUACAAAGCCUCCAUCGCCGGCACUGUCGAUGCUUACGACCGCCACGUGUUUCUCUGCUUCAAGAGCCCCGAGGAUUGGCUUCCUCGCGUCGAGGGCUCUGAUUCCGAUCUGCUUCCGAAGCUUUUCUCCUCGGCUCUCAAGUCUCGCAAGAAUGACAUUGCUGUCAAGACCAAGUUCACGAUAUGCGAGGGACGCGAUGGGACUGAGUUUUCGGAUGGAGAUGUUCUGAUUUUCCCGGAAAUGAUCAAAUACAAGAGUUUGAAAGAUUCAGAUGUGGAUAGUUUUGUUGAUGAUGUGAUUGUGAAUGGGAAACCCUGGGCCUCUGGAAUGCAAGAGGUGUUGACUGGUUCCCACAUAUUUGUGUGUGCUCAUGGUAGCCGGGAUAAGAGAUGUGGUGUUUGUGGACCAGUACUCAUUCAAAAGCUCAAAGAGGAGAUUGACUUGCGAGGGCUGGGGGAUCAAGUUUUUGUAACCCCUUGUUCUCAUGUUGGGGGCCACAAAUAUGCUGGAAACUUGAUAAUUUACAGUCCAAAUCCAGAGGGAAAAAUUAUGGGCCAUUGGUAUGGUUAUGUGACUCCAAAUGAUGUUCCUGAAUUGCUUGAUCAGCACAUUGGGAAGGGGGAGAUCAUAGAACGAAUUUGGAGGGGCCAAAUGGGUUCAUCUACUGAGGAAGGUGAGAAGGUGGAUGAACAGAAGCUGCCAAAUGGAAAAGAUCAGAAGAGGAAAAAGAAGCAUCAAGAAGACAGCCCCAGUCUGGGCAAUAAAGAAAGUGUGGCAGGCUGUUGCCAGGGAGCUGAUGGAGUGUCUUGUUGCAGAGAUGCAACUUUGGUGGAUAAGUGCACAUCAGAGGAGCAAGGAAAGAAGGUAUUGACCAAGCUUUCCCACUGGAUGGGAACAUGGGAACAAGCUGAUGUGUUUGCCACCAUUGCUGUAGUUGGAGCAGUGGCAACUGUUGCUGUGGCUUAUAGCCUUUAUAGGAGGUCAGGCUGAAAAAUGGUAUCCAUUUUGUAGUUGUGUUUGCUUCUGGGUGUGUUAUACCCUCGUUUUUUGUAGAGGAGAGAUGAAAUUACACUGAUUGAAUAAUCCUCCAUACACUACUUUAGAAGGAGAAAGAUGAUACUAUGUUAGGAUAAAGUCGAUUUGAAAGAUGAAGCAUUUCCAUUUCCCUGUGAGUUCUACUUAGGCAUAACUUCAAAUAUUUUUCAA